AUGAAUGAACAAUUCAGUUUACUGAAAUCAGAUAGAGAUAGUGUUUAUUCAUUUGACUCGGUUAGUACAAACGAGCGCUUGCUUGAUCGGUUGGAUUUCGACGCUGAGUCAAUUAUAUCAAAUGAUUCAUAUCGAUCCUCUAUAAUUAGCUCUCGAGGUGUACAUGGUGAAGUCAAUGCUAAUCACGGAGCUAGAACUCCAGUUUUGGGAUCUUGGGGAUCACAGCCUUUUCAAACGAAAAGCACAUCACAAACAAACGGAAUAUUUCUUCCUCAGAAGCCAAUGAACAACUUGAAUGCCAUAAGGAGGAUGAAAGACUACACGAGUUCCACAGAUAUCACACAGGGGAAAAUACGUAAUCGGUUAAGUAAUGGACAACCAAAUGAUAUCGCCAGUCGCAAUAAUGCGGAAGUUGGUAGAGGUAACUCAACUAGUGGAAAGAGCGGGAUCAUGGACAAUCAAGCUGCAUCCAGAGGAACAAGUAAAGCAGGAUUCCGAACACGGGACGAUACAAAUACACUUUCAAAAAAUGAGCCAAUAGUUAAUACUGACUAUGCUCCGAAUCGAGUCGCUAACUUCACUCAGCUUCGCACACAAAGCCCAUCUUCAUCAAUAUCUAAGUCGAACAACACGCUUUCAAGGAGUAAGUCAGAACUUGAUGCCCUGAGAAAUACAACUGCGGUCGACCAUCGAUCUAUGCCAGCAAACUCGAGUGCUACAUCUAUAAACUCAAGGAGUAUCGCAUCAUCUCAAAAACCGUCUUCAUCUCACGCUUCCACAACCUAUAAUGACUCGAUUGACACUGCAACUCCUGAUAUACUGCACCUAAGUCUCAGUUCCACACAAGGACGCAACUUUUCACCUUCGAGUACUCUUUCAAUUGACAGGAAAGAACAUUCAUCACCCCAUGAUGACCUAUUAAAUAAGCAUAUGGACAACGCGAUUCCGUCAAACUAUAAUUCGCUUGACAAUAUACAUAGCCACGGCUUUGUAUCGAGUGAGGGUGUAGCUGGUUCUUCUCAUGUUCACGCAUUAAAGAGCCAGGAGUUACUGCCAGAAUCAAGAACAGUGAUUUCACAAGAGCUCAGGGCACAAGGAAAGCACAGAGAAGCUUCAUAUCAAUUACAAAUCGCCGCUAAUGAACCUUUUAACAACACAAAAGCCAUGUAUCUCUAUGCUUUGGCCUUAAAGCAUGGGCAAGGUGUGAAGCAAAACUACAACACAUCUUUGAAAUGGCUAUGCAAAUGUAUUUUGUUGACUCAGGAGUCGGAGAAUAGUCUGCAACACAAGAUGGGACAUCUUUCUUUCAACUCCGGUCUUAUAGCGUCAAAGUUGAAUAAUAUAUCGCAAAAAGAUUUGCUCCAAUUGGUCCUAGUCAGCCUCAAGAAAUCUCAAGAUUCUAGCGGAAUGGAUAAUGGCGAAAAUGCGGAAAUGCUAUAUACUCAGUUCAAAUCCUAUAACAAAUCAGAAAUCAAUAAAAUCAUUGCAAGGAAUAAAAGCAGGUCCGAUAUUGUUGCCUUGAGCUAUUAUGAACUCGGCAUGUACCUUCUUAACGGUAUUGGAGGUAGUUCAAAUCCUAAAACAGAUGAAGCGAAUGGAAUUAUCUGCUUAUCAAAAUCUGCUGCGAUGUGCAGUAUAGAGGCAAUGGAGCAAUUAGGUGAAUUAUGGACCACAAAGACAAAGUUUCGUAAGAAAGAUUUGAAUAAGGCAGCUGCUUGGUUGAGAAGUGCAGAGGUUUUUGGUGCAAAGUCUAUUGGAAACAGUUGGAUUUACAAAGAAAAGUAUAUGAGGGCAAAUACCAACUAG